UAUCAUGUCACUUAUACAUAUCUAAAUGUGUUUCUUAUUCAAACCUAAAUUAAAAGCAGGCGUUCCUUCCUUUACCGUGAACAAUAUAAUGAAAAUUUUAUAAAAGCAUCAACAAUAACCUCUAAGUUUUUGUUAUGAAAUAUGGAAUCGCAAGUUUGUGUUCACUGCCUCAACAAGAAGGCUAUAAACUCGACGACUAAUCGGUUGGUGACGGAAAGCUGUGGACAUGUGAAGUGUAUGGACUGUCUGUUACAUGAGACGACGGGUUGCGUUGCGUGCGCUGCGGAGAGCAGCCCCAAAGAGUCCGAGGACACUCCGGAGCCCAGCGAGGGGCCGCCCUCGGACGGCGACACUGCCGAGCCCGAGCCGGUCCGCACGGAGUUCCCUCUCCAACAUUUCCUGCUAGGGAGGGAGGAGGAUGAGAAAGAGUCUCGGGCAGAAUACUGUUAUGACAAGACUGAGAAGAAGAAGAAGCUGGAGACCUCGCACAUUAGGGUAGAAACAGAUGGGAAUCGGAGGUGUUACUUCUGUACAGCAUGCAAGAGGAAGUUCCAUGCUCGGAGUCAGGUAUCUUACCAUGCCUACUGCAAUGGACAACAGAAGCCCUACCAGUGUCCCGAGUGCAACAAGAGUUUCGCGUCCCAUUCCCACUUCAAGUACCACAUGCGGGUGCACCGCAACGAGCGCACGUACGCGUGCGAGCUGUGCGGCGAGAGCUUCUUCCAGAUGUCCAAGCUGCAGCGACACAAGCUCAAGCACACCAAGGAGAAGAAAUACCCCUGCCCAGAGUGCAGCAAAGCGUUCAACAACCUAACAGCGCUGCGCAAGCACGCGCUCACUCACUCCGACGAGCGGCCGUACGGCUGCGAGACGUGUGGCCGACGAUUCCGGGACUCUAGCAACUAUCGCAAACACGUCGCCAAACAUAACGGUACCGGGUGCGGGCGCUCGUGCUCGUGCGGCUCGUGCGGGCGGCGCCGCGCGCGGCCGCACUCGUGCCCGCGCUGCCCGCAGGCCUUCCACGCCAGGAAGGACAUGCGCCGCCACGCCGCCGUGCACGACGAUUCGAAGCCAUUCCGCUGCCGUGUAUGCAGCCGCCGCUUCCGCCGCAAAGACAACCUGGAGCGUCACAUCCGCAACACCCACCCCGCCGAGCCUCCCGCCGACGCCGUAUUAGUCGAGCCCGCCGACCGCGGUAAACACGCCGACGAGAAGACCAAGCUGCAGAGCCUGAAUCCACUUCCGCCGCUACCGCAGGAGCUGAUACAGAAGCACCUGCACGAGGACAAGGCCAAUCAACGGCCGCCGCCCAUCGACGACAGCAAGUUCACCAAGCUCGCCGUCAAGCUGGAACUGCAGGUCAAGAAGUUACCUGAAGACAAACAUCCAGAGAAGCCGCCGGACCCGGUGGAACUGAAGACAGAAAAAGUGGAGCACGCCAAAGAACAGAGGAGCAUAGCGGAGAUCCUGGCGGCCAACACCGCGCGGCAGAGCGUCAUCACCUCCGUGCGCCGCGCGCGCGCGCCGCCCGAGCCCAGCGAGUACGUGCACAAGAUACGGAAGGCCAACCGGCGGCUGCCCGCGCUGCUGCCGCCCAUCGACGAGAGCAAGUUCGCCAAGCUCGCCAACCUUGACCUGCAGAACAAUCUGGACGUAGGCGCGCCGCCGGAGAAGUUCCGAGAACUGUACAAGAAGAUCCUGUACGAGCGCUCCGAGAAGGACGCGCUGGAGGAGCAGCACUGGAAGAAGAAGAAGCUGAACAUCAACUGAUAUUCGACUACUUGAGAAGGCUGAUUUGUAAAGAUAAGUAGGUACUUUAAAUGCAUAUUAAUCUUGUUCUACAGUUUAAGCUCAUACUUAUCUUCGUAAUAAGUCUCGACUAUAUUUAAACAAUAUCUCGCGUUAAUUUCUUGUUAGACGGCUCAAUUUUUGGACAUACUGUGGCUUCACAAUUAACUGCGAUGAGGAUGCACUUUUUGAACAAGACUGGAGACACACAACAUUCGUUUCAGCCCCAUAAUAUGUAUAAAGAAAAUACAUAUAAUUAUUUAACGUUACACUAUGAACAACACGGUAUACAAUAAAUAAAAACAUCAAGAUCUCCAAAUCAAAUCUAUACUGCCCAUCAGACACGAGUAAGUAUUCUUUUAUAAUAAUGGUUUCUGAAUUUUUACUGUUGUUUUUUUAGAUUAGCGUACUUUGAGUAUUCCAGAUAUACCGGAACCUAUACGGAAAUAUAGUGACCGUCGUGUACCCCAAGCAGAUAAUAUCGAAAUUGCGUUGAGAUUCGCUUUUGAAAUAUAAUGUAUAUAAGUCAAGAGCCAGCUAUUUAGUAAGUGCCACGUCCGAAGUCGUCUAACAAGACGUCAAGUCGUCUAAUAAGAGUAGCGAUACUGCCUUCUGUCUUUAACUAUGGUGUGUUGUCAGUAGUAUACCGUUGAGUGGAGCUGUUUGGAAUCCGCGUUACUUUCGAACGAAGGAGGUAGCGUAGUACCUACAGUGGAAACAAGAUGUUAGACCGUUUUAAUAAAGCAUUUGUUUAAGAUGGUAUAUAAUAUUUGUGUAUUAAAAGAAAGUAUUCUUAAGACUUUAAAUAGCGUCGCAUCGUGGUUUACAAAUAGCUCAAUUUUACGGUAAUAUAUACUGUCUAGGAAUUUGAUUUCUGUGCUAUUUCUUAACUUGUCUAUCUACUUAUAUAAAAGUCGCUAGGGAUGUUAUAUUAGAGGGCGGAUUCUAUUUUUUGUGGAGUUUUUCGUCAGAUUUAAAUUGAUUCAGGUGGACAGAUAGUUCUCUAAUUUCUCUAUUCUGUACAAUAUAAGAGCAAUUUCACCGUAUGUUAUAAAAGUCUUCCUCUGAGUUACGAAAAUGUAUGGUAUUUUCUUAGCUCGACGGAAAAUUACAUACAUUUUUCGGGCCAAGUAGGUAGUGAUUUGGUAGGAGCUCUUCAAAGCAGCCAAAUUUUAUCCAUAUGGAACGAGAAAAAAAUGGCUCAUUAUUGUUACUGUGGCAAGGAACGAAGUAGCACAGAUGUCAAAUUCCUUGUAUUGAUAGUUGUAGUGAUGGACUACAGCAAAGGGAAUGUAAUAACUAACUAAAGUGAUAUUUUAAAACUUGUAAUUAUUGAGAAUAAGUCAGCGACGUAGCUAUCGGCGAAUUAGGUGCUUUUUCAUAUAAACUUUUUAUAUUACAUUGAUAUGAAUUAGUAAAAGAAAAAAACUCUUAUUGUGAAUUGAAAGAGAUUGCUAGUAAGAUGAAGAAGUGAGUUUACUAACAGAGACUGUGAACUAGCGAAUUAAAUUGUAAUCCCUUAUGGCCGGGCCAGCACCACGCCGAGUCGGGACUCGGGACAGGUUCGUGGCUCUGCCUCGUUUGCCAGCAUUAGAAUAAGGAUAAACAAUCUUGACGUGUAUUUAUAUUGAAAAACACGUUUCAAAAUAAUUUACACCAAAUAUGUAACAAUUAUACAUAUAGCAAGGAUAUAUAUUUACAUUCUUUUGGUUUCAUAAGUAAAAAUUACUAUUUUUUUACAGCAUUUUUCAAUACAAAGACAUGUCAAGAUUGUUUAUCCUUUUUCUAAUGCUAAACAAAAUCGAGGUAAGUAUAAUGAAGUGUGUUGUUAUGUUAAUGUUAAACGUGUUGUUAGUUUGCUUGUCUCCUUUUUAUCUGUAUCUUCAUUUACGUCUUGCACCUACAACGUUUGCUUUUGCCACCAAUAAGUUUAGUGAUUUCUGAUUU